AUGGCACCACCAUCUGUUGGACGCAAGUCUAAGAAUAUAAGCAAAGGCAAAGUUGAUGCGCGUACUCUUAAAAGAAAAAGGGUUGAAGAAGAUCUGGAAAAACUUCAAAAAUCGGUUGAUGAGCUUGAUGCGAAAGCAGAAAUAAAAAACUUCUCCGAACUCCCCCUAUCUGGACCGACCUCAUCCGGACUUGAAGCGUCUCACUUUAAGACUCUGACCGAUGUUCAAUCAAAAGCUGUACCUCUUGCGCUGAAAGGAAAAGAUAUUCUAGGUGCAGCGAAGACUGGUAGCGGAAAGACUCUUGCAUUUUUAGUCCCAGUUUUGGAGAAUCUUUAUAGACAGAAAUGGACAGAAUUGGAUGGCCUCGGUGCUCUCAUCAUAUCGCCAACUCGAGAAUUGGCAAUACAAAUCUUCGAGGUUUUACGGAAAAUCGGCCGAUACCAUACCUUCUCAGCAGGACUAAUCAUCGGAGGUCGAAGUUUACAAGAGGAAAGGGAACGCUUAGGGAGGAUGAAUAUACUUGUCUGUACACCUGGGCGCAUGUUACAGCAUAUGGAUCAAACGGCAGCAUUCGAUGUGGAUAACCUACAAAUGCUAGUCCUAGAUGAAGCGGAUAGAAUUAUGGACAUGGGAUUUCAAACAUCCGUCGAUGCGAUACUGGAACAUUUACCAAAACAAAGACAGACGAUGCUUUUCAGUGCUACUCAAACGAAAAAGGUAUCAGACCUAGCAAGAUUGAGUUUGAAGGAACCCGAAUAUGUUGCAGUUCACGAAGCUGCAUCCUCUGCUACCCCCACAACCUUACAACAACACUACUGCGUGGUGCCUCUGCCUGAAAAGCUAAACACUCUUUUUGGCUUCAUUAGAGCUAAUCUGAAAGCUAAAAUAAUAGUAUUUAUGUCUUCAGGCAAGCAAGUGCGUUUUGUCUACGAGAGUUUGAGACACUUACAACCUGGUAUUCCAUUGCUUCAUUUACACGGUAGGCAAAAGCAAACCGCGAGGCUUGAUAUAACCUCGAAAUUCUCAUCAUCCAAGAACUCUUGUAUAUUUGCUACCGAUGUUGUUGCAAGAGGUCUUGACUUUCCUGCAGUUGAUUGGGUUAUUCAAUUAGAUUGCCCUGAGGAUGCUGAUACCUAUAUUCACAGGGUCGGGCGGACUGCACGUUAUGGGAAAGUAGGCCGGGCAGUUUUAUUCCUGGACCCUUCAGAAGAAGAAGGCAUGUUGAAACGACUGGAACAUAAAAAAGUACCGAUACAGAAGAUCAAUAUCCGACCUAAUAAGACCCAAGAUAUCAAAAACCAACUACAAAACAUGUGUUUUCAAGAUCCUGAGUUGAAAUACCUAGGUCAGAAGGCGUUUGUUAGUUAUGCCAAAUCUGUUUUCUUACAAAAGGACAAGGAGAUAUUCAAUAUCAACGACAUCGAUUUGGAAGGAUAUGCUUCGAGUAUAGGUCUUCCCGGUGCGCCAAAAAUCAAAUUUCAGAAAGGAAAUGAUGCGAAGAACGUCAAAAACGCCCCAAGGGCUGCUAUUGAGUCUAGUGAUGAAGAUAGUGAAACCGAGAAGAAACCCAAGAAGAAGGAUGAAGUACGAACUAAAUACGAUAGAAUGUUUGAGCGCCGUAACCAAGAUGUUUUGUCUGGUCAUUACUCAAAGAUGAUCGCAGAUGAUACUCCUAUGAAGGAUGUGGAUGGUACAGCGGAUGCCGACGAGGACAACGAUUUCUUGUCAGUCAAGAGAGUACUACCUGUGGAUAAUGACGAUACAUCAGACGAUGAAGAUGACGACGACGAUGACGACGACGAUGACGACGAUGUUGCCGCAACUGGGCCAUUAGGAAAGGUUAUUGAGGGUAUCUCCAAGGAUCCUAUUGUGAUAGACUCGAAACGAAAAGAGAAACUCCUGAAAUCCAAGAAAAAGUUACUGAAGCUUAAAGACAGAGGAACUAAACUGGUGUUUGACGAGGAAGGCAAUCCUCAUCAAGUGUAUGAAUUACAGGACGAAGAGGAUUUCCGAGCCAAGGGCACAGCCGAGGAACAACGAGCCAAAUUCUUGGAAGAAGAGGCCGAAAGAGUUCGUGAAGCAGACCUUCUUGAUAAACAAACUGCAAAGGAUAAGAAACGAGAAAAGCGUGAAAAACGUAAAGCAAGAGAAGCAGCAUUGGAUGAUGAUGAUGAGGAGGCACUUGAAUUGGUUGAUGCUGGGGAUGAUGAAGAUCCUAUGGCUCUUCUUAAAUCAUUACCUCUUCCGGAAGACGAGGAGGACGAGGAUAGUACAGCGAGACCUGCGAAGAGACCUAAGAAAUGGUUCGAGGAUGAUUCAGAUGAUGAGAGGAAGGUUGCCAAGAGAAAGGGUCGUGUUAUUGAAGCGGCGGAUGAGCCUGAGACAUUGGAAGAUCUUGAGGCUUUGGCUGCCGGUCUUCUUAAUUGA